AGCAACAAAAGCUGCAAAGACGACUCAGACCGGCUAAGCAGAAGACGUCUCUCAGAUAAGCCAAGCUGUGACAAGAAACCAACAGAGCUGCCUGUCAGAGUUAGACAAGUCACUUGGAAGGGACACUCUACGACCUGCAGGCUGUGCAGUGUGCCUCAGGUUCCCCAGCGUCCGUCCUGAGCUGUCAUCCAUUCUGGGGUGGGCCUUGGUGCACACGCUGUGACGAACGCAGCAGCAGCAGCAGCAGCAGCAGCAGCAGCAGCAGCAGCAGCAAGGUGGAUUUCCUUUGUGUUUAAAGAGAGAAAGAGGAAAAUGUCCCCGCGUCUGUAGAGAUGAUUUGCAGUCCAGCCCGGCUGAAGCUGACCGAAUGAGACUAUGGGCUGUGCCUCCGCCAAGCAUGUUGCUACUGUUCAAAAUGAAGAGGAAGCUCAGAAAGGGAAGAGCUACCAGAACGGAGAUGUGUUUGGCGAUGAGUAUAGAAUCAAACCCGUGGAAGAAGUCAAAUACAUGAAAAACGGGGCAGAAGAGGAACAGAAAAUCGCAGCCAGGAACCAAGAAAACCUGGAAAAAAGUGCCAGCUCAAAUGCAAGGCUUAAAACUAAUAAAGAAGUCCCUGGAUUGGUCCAUCAACCCAGAGCAAACAUGCACAUCUCUGAAAGCCAACAAGAAUUCUUCAGAAUGCUGGAUGAGAAAAUUGAAAAGGGUCGGGAUUACUGCUCUGAAGAAGAAGACAUCACAUAGCAUCACUUCUCCCUCUCGGACCAGGAGCUACUACUGUGUAAAUAGGUUACACCCCAGUUGAAACCUUUGCCAAGGUCGGUUCUCCUCACUGAACAGCACUAUAGCAAACGAAGACCGUUCCAUAUCGUAUGCCCCAUUAAAUAACAGUGUUUCUUAAUGAACCUGCAAAGGAAUAUUGCUAAACACACACACACAUACAUACACACACAAAAAAAAAAAAACAAAAA